ACCUUUUUCAUUUUGCCCUGUGCUUUGGUGUGCGAGCUUCUUUCAAUUCUCAAAGUACUAGCUAGCUACCCAACACAUGAGGAGUGACAUAGAGGGUGUCUGGGUCUUUGCCCUUGCAUCCAAAUGCCAAGCUUUUUCUCAAGAAAACAUUGCAUGGUCCAUUUUGAUCAUUACUCUUGCCUGGCUAGUUAUGACCCUAGUCUACUGGGCUCACCCCGGUGGUCCGGCUUGGGGCAAAUAUAGCUUCAAAAAGUAUUCCUCUCUUUCUGUCGCUAACAAGCGAAUUCCAGGGCCAAGAGGUUUGCCUCUAAUUGGCAGCAUGAACCUCAUGGCCAGCCCCCUUUCUCACCACAGGAUUGCAGCCGCUGCUGAAACAUGCAAAGCCAAGAGGCUCAUGGCCUUUAGCCUUGGUGAUACUCGUGUUAUUGUCACGUGCAAUCCAGAUGUAGCAAGAGAGAUUCUUAACAGCUCUGUAUUUGCUGAUCGUCCAGUGAAAGAGUCGGCUUAUAGCUUGAUGUUCAACAGAGCAAUUGGUUUCGCUCCUUAUGGAGUUUACUGGAGAACCCUUAGGAGGAUCGCGGCUGCACACCUUUUCUGUCCUAAGCAAAUCAAAGGUGCAGAAGAUCAGAGACGCGUGAUUGCCUCUGAAAUGUUCACCUUGUUUGUUCACCAUAACCAAAGCUUUCACGUACGCGAAGUGCUCAAACGAGCUUCUCUAAACAACAUGAUGGUCUCAAUAUUCGGACGAAAGUAUAAGUUGGAUUCCACCAAUAAUGAAGUUGAAGAGCUUCGAGCUUUAGUUGAUGAAGGAUACGAUUUACUGGGAACAUUAAAUUGGUCUGACCAUCUUCCUUGGCUAUCAUAUUUUGACCCUCAAAAAAUCAGAGUUAGAUGCUCAAACCUUGUACCUAAAGUUAACUGCUUUGUCACCCGAAUUAUAUCCGAACACAAGGCUCAAACAAACGGGAAAACUCAAGAUUUCGUUGACGUUUUACUUUCUCUCCAAGGUGCCGAUAAAUUAUCAGACUCCGAUAUAAUCGCCGUUUUGUGGGAAAUGAUAUUCAGGGGAACUGAUACCGUUGCGGUCCUGAUCGAGUGGAUACUAGCCAGGAUUGUGCUUCAUCCUGAUGUCCAGUCAACGGUCCAUGAUGAGCUGGACAAGGUUGUUGGCAGAUCAAGAGCCGUCGAUGAGUCUGAUGUAAUGAACUUGAUUUAUCUUCCGGCUGUGAUCAAGGAGGUUCUGAGGCUUCAUCCACCGGGCCCAUUACUCUCCUGGGCCCGCCUAGCUAUCACUGAUACAACUAUUGAUGGGUAUCACGUGUCAGAGGGGACCACCGCAAUGGUGAACAUGUGGGCCAUCACAAGGGACCCCAAAGUGUGGGCGGACCCACUUGAAUUUAUGCCCGACAGAUUUGUGACUAGAGAGGUUGAGGUGGAGUUUUCUGUUCUUGGUUCGGACCUUAGGCUCGCUCCAUUCGGUUCGGGCAGGCGGACAUGCCCGGGCAAGAACUUGGGGUUGACCACCGUCACCUUCUGGGUUGCAUCCCUGUUGCACGAGUUCGAAUGGCUACCGUCCGAUCAGAAUACUGUUGACUUAUCCGAGGUUCUAAGGCUGUCUUGUGAGAUGGCCAAUCCUUUGAGUGUUAAAGUUCGCCCCAGGCGUAGGUGA